CUUCAAACACAUCUCUUCAUCGGGAGAAGUGAAAUGAGAGAUCAACGCAUCAGUUGUCUCCACAAUCCGCUUGCGGUCCGCUUCGCUUCAUUUAUGUCCGACAUCUCCUCGGCCGCAGCAUCUGCCGGAGUUUGAGGCCCGUCAGCACGGCCGUCUCUUCUCCUCUUUCCGUUUCCAGGUCGGAGAUCAAGAAUCAUAGCUAAACUGGAGAUGGAAGAAGUGUGCAGAAAAUUGGAGGACUUGAGGUCUGAAAUGGAGACCCUCAGAGAAGAAUACCGGGCCAAGUCUGAGUUGUCCGAGAACUUGAGGCGAGCCCAUGAAGCGCAACUUGCUCGGCUCCAAGAGGCGAAGGCACAGAUUGAGAAGCAGUCUGCAGAGAUUGAUGGAAGGGUGGAGGAGAUUUCCUUGUCCAAGAAAAUGUACGAGGAUCUUGAAUCUCGGUUAAUGGAGAAGGAGUCUGCUCUGAAGCAGCUAGCUCUCCUGAACGAGAGCCUCAGGGUCAGUACUAGGGAGAAGCUGAUGGAUUUGGAAGGGAGAAAUAGAGAGCUUGCCUCGGCUUUGGAUGAAGCGAACACAAAAUUGGAAGAACAGGAGAGAGAAAUAUGUUCCUACAAGGAAGAGAUUAAAGGGCUCAAUGGUCUUCUGAUCAAGUCUCAGAAGCAGUGCUCUGAUGCAGAGCUUAGAGCUCAGGCUUCUAAAGAAGUGAGACGAAGAGGAGAAAUGCUGCAGAAAUUAGAGGAGGAGAAAAUGGAUGUUGAGAAUCAACUAAAAUGGAAAAUGGAACAAUUUAUGCAUCUCGAAGAAGCACAUGGUAAACUUCAAGAUGAGUUUCGGGUGGCCAAGAAGUUGUGGGGAUUGGAGAGAUCUACUUUGGUCGACAAGAUUCAAACUUUGCAAUUGAACUUUGAUUCUCAAGCUGUAGUCAUUGAAGAUCUGAGUUCCAAGCUGAAGAUGUGCAACCAAGCAUUGGCCCAUGAGGAGAGUCGAAGGAAGCUGCUUGAAGUUCAGAUUUCUGAAUCGAAAGCAUUGUAUGACAACAUUUUCUCAGAAUACGAAGAAGCUAGAUCAACAAUUGAGGCAUUGACAGAAAAAAGAGAUGAGGAGAUCGUCUCCUUAAGGAUUUCUUUGGCUACUAAGAGUACACUCAUUAAAGAGAUAGAAUUCAAGAGUGCGCACCUCGAACAAGAAAAUCAGGAGCUGCAAACAUCUUUGAGAGAAUACCAAGAUGCUCAAGCAAUUGAAGCUGAUACUGCUUCUUCCUUGAAGACUCUAAGAAACAAAUUUCGAGCUCUGGAGCAUGCCCACAGGAGAUGUUCUGAGAAGCUGAAAGCCAAAGAAAUUGAAUGGAGGACCCACGUAGUGAAGCUAGAAAAAGAUUUGGAUGAUUGUCAUUGCCAAUUAAAUUCGAAAGAUAAGCGGCUUUUGGAUUUGCAGCUUGAGUUGGAAGACUGCCAGUCUUUAUUAAUGCAACAGAAGUUGGAUAUUGAAGAGAUAGCAACCGUUCUUUUGUUGGUUGAAUCGAAGUUUUCCAAGUCUUGCUCAGUUAUUGAGAACUUAAAACUUGAGAUGUCACAGCAUAAUGCAAUAUAUGCAGGGAAAUUUGAUGUUUUGAUGGGACAAUCGGAUAAGAACACUGCUCUUAUUCAAGCACAAGCUGAGACACAAAAAGAACAUGAUGCAUUUGAGUCAUUGCAGAGAAGGGCUAACUAUCUAGAAACUGUCGCUCAAAAGAAUGGUGUGCUGGAGAAAGAGCUGGAGGAAUGCAGAGGGAUGCUUGAAGAAUCAUACAGGAAUCUUGGUUACAUAAAAGAACAGGCUUCUAAGAAGGAAAUCCACAUCUUAGAUGACCUUCGAAGUGCAUCAGAUGAGCUGGAUAGAGCAAACUAUGCUCUUGCUGAGAAAACGACUGAACUGAGUAAAAUGCAAUGUGAACUGCAACAGAAAACUUCCAUUAUGGAGAAAAUCAAGCUUGAUUUAGAAACUGAAUUGAAUAACUACAGAGAUGAAAACAAAGCAACUAGAAAAAAUUUGGAUUUUGCAAUUGUUGCCAAGAUGGAAGCUGAAAAUAAACUCAGGCAAGUAAAGGAGGAUCUUCUUGAACUGACAAAAGAGAAAGACAAGAUAAUAGAAGAGCUCAAGCAACAUGUGGUCUUAGUUGAGGAAGAUAAUGGAAGAAUAGAGUCUAAGUUUGCCUCUCUGUUUAAAUCAGAAGUUAAGAAAUUCUCUGAAACAGAGAAGAAGUUUCUUGAAUUUGCAAAAUACAGUCAUAGGAGACUGAAAGAAACCCAGGGGCUAAUUAAUAAGCUGGAAGAAAAGUUCAUAUCAAGCGAAACUACAAUUUUGAUGACGUUCGAGCAAGAAAUAUUUAAGUAUUUACAAGUCAUGGAAGAUUAUGACAAGAGUAUCACUGGACUUCUGCAUGAUGUUCUUUCGCUUGAAGAAGAUGUUACAUGUUCUGUGGAAGCGACCACUGAUUCUCAACUCAAAGACAAGCAACUUGAGAUCCACUCACUUCUUGAUGAUUUGGAGUAUAUGGCUGCGACUUAUGUGUUAAUGGAGCAAGAGUCCAAGUUCCAAAGCAUCUUUGCUGUUGAACUGGAAAAGGAGAUUAACAUGCUGCUGUUGAACUUGAAGUCUGAAGAAAUUUCAUCAUUAAAUUCAAAGAAUUGCAUAGAACAACUUAAAGUUCAACUGUCCAUGCAAAGUUUGGAAAAUGAGAAGAAGCAUGUUCAAGUACUGGAUGAACUAAAUUUCUUGCAGAUUGAGAAAAGAACUUUGGUGGACCAAUUAGGAAAACUCAAGGACAACAUAGAGGCCCUUCAUAACAGAAAUGCAAAGCUCUUAUCAGAAAAGGAAGAGUUGAUUCAACAGAUGAUGGGGUUCAACAAUAUGAUAGGCAUGAUGUAUCAUGCAGAUGAAGAGCUGAUGAGAAACUGGGAUGAGGUCUUGCAGAAAGCUGAAGAUGAGAAUUCUGUCACAAAAUUUGAUAAGAAAUAUCCGUUCAACUCUGACAUAAUUGAUGAUAGGAAGUAUAUUUCUUUAAAGAACAGCAUACAACUGGUUUCUGGUAAAAGAUCACCUCUAAAUGAGCAUAACUGGUAGAUGUUGGAAGGAUCAGAAGGUUGCAAAUUUUACUUAGACAUAGGUCUUGUUGUAUCUCUAGUGAGCAUUUACAUGUGCUGCUUUAGUCACGGACAGUUGUUUACAUAAAUUUUUAAUCACUGACCACUUUAUUUAAAUACAUCAAUAUUACUCAGUGAUGUAAACUUCUUGCUUUUUUUUGUUUAAGCAAGUUUAAGUUAGCUUCUUA